CACAAACUUCCCCCGCUAGGGUUUUGCAGUCUUCACACAAACGCCGAGAGAGAGAGAGGAGAGAGAGAGAGAGAGAGAGAGAGAGAGAGAGAGAGAGUAAAGCAAAAUGAAGACCAUACUCUCAUCAGAAACAAUGGACAUCCCAGAUGGGGUAAACAUUAAAGUAAAAGCAAAGCAAAUAGAAGUAGAAGGUCCAAGAGGAAAACUCACUAGAAACUUCAAGCAUUUAAAUCUUGAUUUUCAGCUCAUUAAAGAUGAAGAAACAGGCAAAAAAAAGCUCAAGAUUGAUGCUUGGUUUGGUUCGCGUAAGACUACGGCUGCAAUCCGUACAGCACUUAGUCACGUUGAGAAUUUGAUCACUGGUGUCACUAAAGGGUACCGUUACAAGAUGCGUUUUGUGUAUGCUCAUUUUCCUAUUAAUGCGUCGAUUAGUGGAGGGAAUAAGGCCAUUGAGAUCAGGAAUUUCCUUGGCGAGAAGAGGGUGAGGAAAGUCGAUAUGCUUGAAGGAGUUACUGUUGUCCGGUCAGAAAAAGUGAAGGAUGAGUUGGUAUUGGACGGAAAUGACAUUGAACUUGUCUCACGAUCUGCUGCCCUCAUUAACCAAAAAUGCCAUGUGAAGAACAAAGAUAUCCGUAAGUUCCUUGAUGGUAUCUAUGUCAGCGAGAAGGGAAGAAUAGUUGAGGAAGAGUAAGUAGUUAUCAGUAGAUUGCUCUUGGUCUGUUUGUUCUCGUUAUUUUUGGUUAAGAGUUGAGGUUAUGUUGGGAUCCCUUGCAAAUUUGUUUGGAGUUAGAUCAAUCAAAAUAUUGUAAGGUUUUUUACUUAAGAUUCUUUUGAGAUAAGUAAUUUGUUCUUGGAACUGGGAAGAUUAAUGUUUUUCUUGAAAGCAGAUUGAUUAUAGUAAUUCUAAAUCUGCGUUGUUUUC